ACAGCCCCUGCCUCCACCGCCCUGUGUCGGUAAACCGCAGGAAACGAGCCCUGCCGUUACCGUGACAACACACACGUCCGCAAAGAUGGCGGAGGGCUGGAGUGUGGAUACGGGGGAAGGGGUUUAUCGCUCCAGGGAUCCAGUCGAAAACCUGAAAAUAAGGGUGCGGCUCCAGCGCAUCACGUCCCCCACGGUGUUCUCCCAACAGCUCCAGCAGCAGGCCUCUGCCCUGCAGGAGAAGGGCCUCAUUGAGCUCCUCACCUUCAGUGCUCAAGCCAGCUCAGCAGGCGGUCAGCAGGACGACAAGGAGGACGUGACGGUGGGCUGGCAGGAGAAGCUCUUCAGUCAGAGUGAGGUGGCCCUGCUGCAGACCGAGGCGGCAUGUCGAAGCCCCCUGGAGAGGCAGUACCAUGCUGAGAUCGCUGCUCUGGAGAGGGCAGGGGGGCGGGCCAGCCGCAGGAUCUUCACCUACACCGACUGCGACCUGCUGUCCGGGGAGAUGGAGCACAGUCUCCCAGUGCUGAACCCGGACUGGGCUGCCCCCACCUUGCUGGCGGAGAGAAUGGCGCAUGUGAGGCACAGGAGACAGGAGAGGCGCCCAGUGGAAGGCAGUGUGCCCAAGUCCCGGACUGUCACCUGGGAGCCCACAGAGGACUUUGUGAAGAACAACCAUGUGAUCAACACACCGGUGCAGACCAUGCACAUCAUGGCCGACCUGGGACCUUCUGGGGCGCUGGGCAGGAGGGCGAACGAGCGAGUGCUGUGCACUGUGCGAGUGGACGCCAGUGGAGUCGUCACUGUCAAGCCCGACUUCAACAACAGCAGAGGACCUUACAGGCUGGAGAUGGAGGGCCAGCGGCGGGAGCGGUGGCAGUACUCCCUGGAGGACGCGUCUCGGACCAUCGGCCCGGAGGAGAGGGAGCGUGAGCAGCGCGUGUUCAGAGAUCUCUACACACGCCACAGAGAGUAUCUGAACAGCCUGGUCGGCCAGGACUUUGAAAUGCCUCCCCCUGGCAUUCUGCGCCUGCUGGUGAACGGAGAGAUCGUCUCUGCGAAAGGCUAUGAGUACGACAACCUGUAUGUCCACUUCUUCUUUGAGCUCCCCAACGACUGGUCCAGCCUGCCGUCCCAGUCUCUGUCUGGAGUCACUCAGACCUGCCGCACGCGCACGGUGGGCCGGGAGAAUGCUGCCUUCUUCUCUUACCCCUUCAACUUUGAGGCUUUCUUCAGGAAAGAAGAUGAGACAGAAGACUCCGUGCCCCAGUGGCCAGUGCUGUACUUUGAGGUUCUUUCCCUGGACUUCUGGCAGCGCUACAGAAAUGAGGGUUACGGCUACGUGGUCAUGCCGGCGACUCCAGGGCACCACACGGUGACUUGUACCACAUGGCGGCCUGUGAGGAUGGGAACAGUGGCGGAGCUGCGGCGGUUCUUUAUUGGGGGAGCCCCUGAGCUGGAGGACGUCAGCUAUGUCCGGGUGCCUGGGACCUUUAAGGGGGAGCGUCUGAGCCGCUUCGGCUUCCGCAGUGAGACCACUGGCCGUGUGACCUUUGCCCUGCACUGCAUUCAGCACUCAAGGGCUUUUAUUGAUGCCAGUGCUCUGAGGAAGAGGAGGCAGAGUGUCCUGGACCAGCUGGGAGGGUUCAGCCAGCAGGGCUCCAUCUACAAUGUGCUGGAGGCGUUUCAGAGGGCCCGGAGACGAAUGCAGGAGGCUAGGGAGAGCCUUCCCAGUGACCUCAUUAACACCACAGCGCCCCCUGCCUCUGAGUCCACUGCAUAGAAUCAGCACUGGGAACAUGUAUGCAGCUCUCACAGAAGGCCCGGGAAACAUGCUUUCAGUCCUCCAACAGAUCACCUUGAGAGAUAUGCUCAAUUAGUAAAUCUACAGAAAAAGGCAAAGAGAGCAUUGAAAUGCCAUGAAAUUAUUUUUACGAGACACUUUGAUAUUGAAUUUGAAAUAUUUUAUAGUAAUUGAUAUCUACUCUGUAAUUAAUCUGUGUAUGGUAUUAUGUACUGGUAUUAAAUGAAUUUGGAUUGGAGAGUAUUUUUAUACUGUUUGUAUUGUAAUUGUUUUAUAUGGAAAAUUGUAAAUAAAGUUUAUUUGCUGUUUUA